CCCCCCCGUCGGCCGUGGGACGCUCCACAGGAGGCGGGCCGCGCGCCGGGCAGCCUAUGGGAAAGCCUCGCUGGGGGAACUUCCGGCUUCUUCUCAGUGAGCGGCAGUUCUCCGUCGCGGGUGCUGUGGGGAGAGCCUGAAGAUGAGCAUGCCGGUAACGACCUCGACGUAUGUCCGCUGUCUUCGGUAUGGACUGAUGAGGCAGCUGGCAGAUUUCAUCGAUCCGCAAGAAGGAUGGAAGAAGUUGGCAGUGGAUAUAACCAACCCUUCUGGCGAAAGCAGAUACAACCAAAUGCAUAUAAGGAGAUUUGAGGCAUUUGUACAAAUGGGAAAGAGCCCCACCUGUGAAUUACUCUAUGACUGGGGAACAACAAACUGUACAGUUGGUGAUCUUGUGGAUCUGCUGAUUAGGAAUCAGUUCCUAGCACCAGCAAACCUUUUGCUUCCAGAAGCUGUAAGGAUGGCAGAAGAAGUUACAUUACCUCUUUCUUCACAGGAAACCUUGUCUAUACAUGAGAAACAACUGCCUGUACAGGAAAAACAAGUGGCAUCUGUAAUGCCAGUUUUAGCUCAGGAUACUGAGAAGCAACUUUCAGCUCCUUCCUACUUAAGUCAAGAGAAUAGCAGUUCACAAUCUAGUAACUCAGAUCUCCGCAGUUUUUGGUUUCAUGACUUGGAAAGUGUUACAAAUAAUUUUGAUGCACGACCAGAAUCAGCUGGAGGUAAUAAACUGGGAGAAGGUGGCUUUGGAGUUGUGUUCAAAGGCUACAUCAAUGGCAGAAAUGUGGCUGUCAAGAAACUUGUUGCUAUGGUUGAUGUUAGUGUUCAAGAUCUGAAACAGCAAUUUGAUCAAGAAAUAAAACUGAUGGCAAAGUGUCAGCAUGAGAAUCUAGUAGAACUGCUGGGUUUUUCAAGUGAUGGUGCUCAGCCAUGUCUGGUUUAUGAAUACAUGCCCAAUGGUUCAUUGCUGGACAGACUGGCCUGUCUGGAUGGCACUCCACCAAUUCCUUGGAAUACAAGGUGUAAAAUUGCUCAAGGUACAGCAAAUGGCAUCAACUUUUUGCAUGAAAAUAAUCAUAUUCACCGAGAUAUUAAAAGUGCAAAUAUCUUACUAACUGAUACUUACAUGCCCAAAAUUUCUGACUUUGGACUUGCAAGAGCAUCUGUAACAUUCACACGAACCAUCAUGACCGACAGAAUUGUUGGAACUGCAGCCUAUAUGGCACCUGAAGCUCUGCGGGGAGAAAUAACACCUAAGUCUGAUAUCUUCAGUUUUGGAGUUGUCUUACUAGAAAUAAUAACGGGUCUUCCACCAGUAGAUGAAAACCGGGAGCCACAGUUACUGUUAAGUAUCAAAGAUGAAAUUGAAGACGAGGAAGCAACUAUUGAGGAUUAUGUUGAUGAAAAGAUGAGUGACUGGGAUGCUACUUCAGUUGACAAAGUGUAUUCAAUUGCUAAUCAGUGUCUGAAUGAAAAAAAAAAUAGGAGGCCAGACAUUAAGAUGGUCCAGCAGCAUCUACAGGAGAUAGCAACUUGAAGUGUGUCUUCUGAUACACAAACGUUUUCUGAGUGGAGUAGAGACCAGUAGCAAAUACAGACUUUCAUUAGUAUUUAGUGUGACAUUAUCAGCUUGUCUGCUUUCCAGACUUUCCUGGUCUGCACGUAAGGUGUGCUGUUGGCCUGUCACCAUUGUGCUAUUUUUAUUAACAGAUUAGCUUUUUCACAUGUCCUUGGCCAGUGCAAUUAACAAAUUGCAUUCCUGGUACAUCUUCUCCACAGCUUUUUAAAUGCAUUUCUGUAUUAGAAUCUGUUUGUCUUUAGAUCUCCAAGUAUCAAGUAUAUCUUCUGCAAAGGCAUAUAACAAUAAGAGGCUAGGUUGCUUUUCUUCAAAUCACUUUCUUGUGCAGAUGGACUAGACUUUUUUUUUUACUGGAGACAAAAACAUUUAAUUGAUGUUAAUGGCACUUACAUUCCUUUUUUGUGAGAAGACAAUACUAGUACCCAUUUAAAACAAACUUCUUUUGUUUAAAAUUUUAACUUGCAAAUCUACAUUAAUGUGAAUGGACAGUAUUUGUGACUGUGACAAGUGUCUGGAUUCAGACUUUAUUUUUUAAAAAGUCUUCACAGGAUUUGUUUUAUUCAGAUAGAUAAAUGCUGCAAAGCAAAACAUGUUCUUUGGUUUAGAUGUUUUACAAGCAAAAUAAUUAUAUUGCAAUGCAAAUAUAAAACUAGAUAUGGUUUUCUUCCAAUAUACACUGUAUAAUGACAAACAAUUUAAUAUUUGUUCAUAAACUCACUUGUUUAGGAGGAAGACUCUUAAUUACUUUUAAUAUUCUUUUUAUGCUUCAGUAUAUUUAUAAUAUACUAUAGUAUAUUAUAAAUACAGAUGGUUUCUUAUAUUACAGGGGUCAGUAUAAUACCAUUGCAAUUAUGCAUUCUCCUUAGUCAAGUAAUUAAGUGCUUAUCUUAAAAAAAAAAAAAAAAAAAAAAAAAAAAAAAAAAAGUAUUUAUAUAACAGCAUGGAACGUUUUGUAAGAGAGAAACUUUGACAGAUGAAAGCAGACUAAAACAGGAAUCGAGAGUGAAUAGUAAAAUUCCAUAUACUUUGGACUAAGUAGGUAUGAAAUGCUACUUUUGUAAAUACAGAUGUUACUUUCAUGUAAAUCUUUUUUGCACCUCAUGAAUGUUUUUUUCUUGACAGCUUAGGGGUGGGAGAAUAGUCUUGUUUGAAACCCAUGAUUAUCAAAGAACAAAGGAAACUGAAAAAUGAGACUUGAUCUGACUACAUUCAGGGAUGUAUACAUUUUUGUAGAAAGCAUGUGAUUUCUAACAUUUCUAUUUAUAUCAUUAGGACUGUACCUGGCUAUUAACUCAUUAUUAACUCUAAAAAAGGUAUCGACCUGUACAACUUUAGUUUUAUAAAACACAAAUUUGGAAAAGCUGUUAACACAAAACCUGGCAUUAUUGUUGCUGAUAUUUAUUUCUGGUAAUAAAAUUUUGGCAUUGGAAA